AUGUCUUGUCAACAAGGCUUUUCAGAACUACGUCGAGCCACUGAUCUACUCGAAAAUUCAGUGGACUUGUUUAAGGCCGAGUUUCCUCCCCCAAUCGCUCUUUUCUUACGGACAAUACUAUGCAGGCCUCAGCUGGCUACCUACAUUACAAGUCUCCACUUUGAUUGCGAGUACUUCCGCCGAUGGGGCUUGGGAGGGGAUCCUAAGAUUGCCAUUUCCGGUGAACUAGAGGAACCCAUUGCAUUCAUCCGGGCGACUGGGGUCACCUAUGGCGAUCUUUGGAUACAGGAAUUACGCCAGGCCCCAAUUUUACUCAGUAGAGUAAACUUGUCGCCUAUGGAUGAUAGGCUACCCGACUUUCAUCAUCUCCGAGAUGUGUCUUAUCAUAUCCAUGCCGACGACACGUCACGCAAGAAGAGGGCCAAGAAUACAUCCGAUGUCUUGCCAUUUUUUUAUCUACCGACUGUCCAACGCAUUUCGGCCUUAAUUGAGAACCCGGUUACGUGUAUGUGGCCUGCAGCGCACUUACCUGUCUCGAAUCUCACAUCACUUGAUUUGACCAUUAUACGGGAAACCUAUCUUGGCGAAGUGCUAUCCGUCACUAAAGAACUUGAAACCCUCCGUUGGGCCUGGUAUUUUGAUAUUGAUGUCCAAGAUCAAUUCAUUACACCAAUUGUCAACCUUGAUCAGCUUGAUACUGCGUUAUCUCAUGUUCGGGGUACUCUAGCGGAUUUGACCAUCUUAGCUGAGUGUGGCAGGGGAUUCGAUCCAUUCCAUCCUUCUAUAAAGACAGUGGGAUCCUUGAACAUGGCCAAUUUCAACAAGCUUAAAAAUCUUCAAAUUCCGCUGCCUUUUCUCGUGGGAUUCGCACACGAUACAACAAAACGAUUACAGGAUGUGGUCCCAAGGAAUAUCGAAUAUUUACUCAUCACAGAUAACUUGAGGCAACAGAAUAUGGAUGUAGCUGAUAGAACAGGUUGGCCUUUAUGGGAAUGGGACGACUUUGCCAUUACGGACUUGAUUCGAUCAUGGUUGGAGGAUUGGAGGGCUUACACACCUCAUCUUCGUGGUAUUACUGUGCGACUAGAAUGUUCGGAUUGGGAUAUUGGGGAAUGGCCCCCUGAGAUGAUACAGCAGUUCAGGGACCUUGGUGCUCAAGCAGGGGUUGAAGUUGAGAUAAUUGACCUGACAUCUAUAGAACCCUUAUGUACAUGGCUUAGUUGA